ACCCAUGUCAUGACGUCAGUGUGUUACGAUUUGUAACAAUAGUGGCGAGCUGGAGUAGUGAACCCACCUGCAGCACAACACUUGUCCAUGGGACGGUUUCAAGAAUGCCUCCUUCUGCCCUGGGCUGCACUAGACGAUUGUUAAAAGCAGAUGAGUUGGGCACUACUAGCUCCAGUGAAAGGAUCAAAUGUGUCUUAGUGGGCGACGGAGCCGUGGGAAAAACUUCGUUGGUGGUUAGUUACAGUACCAACGGUUUCCCAAGCGAAUACAUACCCACUGCCUACGACAAUUACAAUGUUUUAGUCCAAGUUGAUGCACAACCAAUUAGCCUUCAGCUGUGUGACACAGCGGGACAGGAUGAAUUUGACCAGAUCCGCCCGCUUUGCUACUCCGACACAGAUGUUUUCAUGGUAUGUUUUAGUGUUGUAUGCCCCACAUCAUAUCAAAAUGUAACCGAGAAAUGGAUUCCAGAGAUUAAAAGGUACUGUCCAGAUGCUGCAAUCCUUUUGGUGGGUACUCAAAGUGAUAGGAGGAGAGACGUACGCCUUGCACUCCAAUUAGCUCGCUAUGGACAAACACCAGUUACAGUGAACCAAGCCAAAGAAUUGGCUCGUCGUUCUGGUGGAGCUGGGUAUAUUGAGACUUCAGCCUUAACCCAAAGAGACUUAAAAGAAGCAUUUGAUCAGGCUAUAGUCUGUGCAUUAGCUCGAAAGGGGAGAAUAAAUUCUAAAUCUUCUGCAAAGCAGAAUUGCCCUGGUAAAAAAUAUUCAUUUUGGAAAAAAUAUUGUUGUUUUACAUAGAACUAUGUAUUUGUGUUAAAAACGUCUUCCGCAUUUUGGUAUUAACAAACAUAGAUCAUUUUAUCCUCUCUUAAAAUUUCAUGUCACUUUUUAACCGUCUUUGGUCAUUCUUUUGCCUUAUGUAAAGGCAUUUUUUACUCUUUAUUUGACGUGUUACAUGACAAGUUGCUUAGUUAUGUAAAACUCAGAGUAAAGUAGAUGUAACCAUUAAUAUCUUGUUACAAUUCUUUGUCUCUCUCAUUAUUUUUCCUUGGCAUUGUAUUUUCAUCAAUGUCUAGUAGAGUACUAAAAGUACACUUUUGUAAACUCUGAAUUUGUUAAGUUUUAAUAAUUUCAGUUCCGCAUUUCUUUAUUUCCACGUUUUUCUCGCUUUUCUUAAGUUGAGUAUGGCCAUUUGGUUACUUUAUUAUGUUUUUAAAUGAUUGAUUAAUUAAUUGUGUAUGUUGCUGAUCGCAUAAUCUAGUUGUGAUAAAAGGUCAUUUUUCUGUUGCCUGGUUGCUUCAAAAGAUCAGCAGAUGUAUUUUACUGUUUGAUUUAUUGUGCUUCUUCUUUGGUUGUGAUAUUUGGGUAACUAAUUUGGCCUAAUUGUAGAAUGCUUUGUGCUUUUGUUCAGCGGUACACUUGACCUCAUUUUUAUCUUAAUUUUUCUAAGCUCCAUGUUUAGUUAUCUUGUCGACUCCUUUUAAGCUCUAACUUGAAUACGGUUUGAAACCAUGUCAAAGUUGUUACUUCUUCUUGAAUUCUGAGGUCGAUAGGAAAGUCUAAUUUGUUGGCAUAGUGUUCUUUUUGUGCUGCUGUUCUUUUUGUGAUCUACUUGUCAAAUUAUGUUGAAGCUCUUGAUCUUAAAUAUUUUGGAUCAUGAUGAAAUUAUUACAUUUUUCAAGUUUUGCUUUUAUUUUGGACAUGUACUAUUUGGACGUGAAACACUCAUCAGGUAGCUGAGCUGUGGUUGGACUAAAAUGUGAAAUAUUGCCAUUUGCAUCUUUGAUUUCUUUUUAAAAGACAUAGUCAUUUGAUGGGUUGUGACUAUUGAUAUGCAUUUUGUGGACUUUAAGUAAGGGUAGCCUUAGUAUUAAUUUUUUGUUAUUUAACCAGUUUUUGGUAUAAUGUGGGCCAGACUAAGUUUUAUUUUAAUUUUAUUUGAAAGAGAUGAGGUUUGGGUUACAUGGACUACCUAUCAUUUGCCAUUACAUUUCAUAUCUACUCUGUUAGUUCCUUCAUAGUUAUCACACUAAUGUUAUCUUAUACUCAAGUAGGUUUAGACUUUGUAUGUUUAAUUGUGAUAUUGGAGUCUCUGGAUUAUUAGUGUCGUUAAUUUAGUGUAAGUCAGUUUAAAUUUUAAUUGUGAAGACACAUUUUCACCUCUGUCCAUUUUUAUGGUCUUGAUUGUUCGUACGCAGAUUAUGCUCUUCACUCUUUGGUCCUUGUAUGUAGUUACAAUUUUCAGUUACCUACUAAUUGGGCAAAGUUGAAGGAAAUUUCAGCUAUUUAAAGAGAGAGAAAACGUACUUUGCAACUGAAUGGGCCUACAUUUUAUUUCUUCAGGCAAGUUUUGCCCCUUUUCAAACAACUGUAUCUUGGAUUUCAUAAAACUUAUAUCCGUACUCUCUAUGUAUUGUUGAAUUGAAACCAAUUCGUCUGGAGUUUUUUUUAUGUAAGAUAUUCAUUGACUGUUACAUUUAUAUUUAUCUAGCUCUUUCUAUUUUUGUGACCUAUCAAUUCUUUUCAUGUGAAGUUUUCGUGCUUCAAAGAGCGGUCUUUGUCUGUGAUUCUACAAAUGUUUGUUACAAUAUGUACAUGUUAUUGUUGUAUGUGUACAUAAUAAAUGGGCUUUUGUAUUAAAAAAAAA